UCAACCAUGCUGAACAAUUGCUGAGCCUAGAGUUAUGGUUCCCUGAAUGAGGAAGACCAACAGGGUGGCUGAGUGAAUACCCACUCCUGACUGACCGCUCUGGAUAUAGGCUACAAGCUAAAGAAGAAGUAUAUCCUAUAAUGGCGUGCAUUAAAUCAAUCUAUGAUUUCAGCGCUGAGACCUUGGACGGUCAGAGCGUUCCUCUCAGUGACUACAGGGGCAUGGUGCUCCUCGUUGUCAACAUGGCCACCUUCUGAGAGUCAACAAUAGAGGAGUACCACAGAAUGAAUGCACUCAUGGAAAUGUUUGGUGACCUCAACUUCACUGUCCUGGGAUUCUCCUGCAAUCAGUUUGGUCUUCAGGCACCUGAGGUAAAUCAUGAAACCCUCAACCUUCUCAAGUAUGUAAGGCCAGGUGGGGGGUUUGUCCCCAAGUUCCCUGUGUUUGGCAAGAUCGAGGUCAACGGGUUGAAUGAAGAACCUCUUUUCGCCUAUCUCAAGGAGUCUUUGCCCUAUGUGAACCCUGUCAUAGGAGAUAUAAAGAAGUUAUACUGGUCACCCAUCAAAGUCAAUGACAUUCGCUGGAACUUUGAGAAGUUUCUAAUCGAUUCUAAAGGGGUGCCUUUCAGACGUUAUGAACUUCAUGGCCCUCCUGAGAUCGUGGAGAAAGACAUCGCAAGCCUUCUAUAAAUGGAGCCAUCUGUUCCCUUUAUGGCUGUCAAGAAAGUGGGUCCUUCGCCAGCAGAGGAAGAGUGACGAUCUCUCAAUAAAUGCAGACUAAAUGCAGCUGAGCUGGAUCUGAUGGAGCAGGGAGAAGGACUCUGAGUUUCAGUGCAUUCACUCAGAGUAUCAGAUCCCUCCAGCCCUUGUUGGUGAUUAGUAGGCCUAUCAGAGUAUCAGAACCCUCCAGGCCCUUUUGGUGAUCAGUAGGCAUGUAAUCAGCAUGCUCUCAAUGUAACUACUCCCUUUGUUAUUGUUGCAAAACAGAGGAAGUGAAUAAAUAUUUUGCCUGAAAUCUUAAAA